CCAUGCCGUUCCCACUCCAUUAAAUCACUGGACACAUGAGUGUGAGAUAUAGGCGGUGAUUCGGACGCCUGGAACCAGGUUAAGUAGAGUUGGCUCCUCUUACGUCGAUAUAUCAACUUAUCUGUCUGCUCCAUAAAAAUGAUAAAUUGCAUAGUAAAUUUCCUUGACUCUAAAUAUGUGGAUUUUCUUGGCUGUUGGGAUUUGAUUGAUUACUGUGACAAUUGGAUGGUCAUAGAGAAACUUUCUCAAUAAUAUGUAUGAAUUAGAUUUAUUUCUCCACCAGAGGCUACACAAUUAUUAUAGUUCCGUGAAAUGUUUUUGAACAUAAAACCAAUAAGAAUUUAUAAGCUAAUAAAACCCAACAACAAUUUCGUUUUGUAAUUGAUCUGGAUAUUGAGGCCAUUUUACAGUAAAUUUUAUUAUUCUAAAUGUCUUUCUUCAUCUGUUUGAUUGAGUUAUAAAAAAGGACAUGAGCUGAGCAAUGAAGCAGUGCCCAAGCAAUCACGGCUGCAAGAAAUCUAAGUUAGGAGACAAGGGCUUGAUUACCAACUGGGCAAAGCAAGAAGUCCUGAGACUCCAAGGGCCCAAAAUGCUCACUUUGGAUCACCUGGGGGAAAACUUUUAUUUCAAAGAAGUGGAUCCAUCAUGACUGCAAGGAUCAAAGGAGCAGCGGGCCGGGACAAACCAGUGCCUCAGAGCCGAGCAACAGAAAUGAUAGUAAGGGUCAGGAGAGCUCUGUGGCUGGUGCUGGGCAUGCUCUCUCUGUCCCUGCUGCUGGUGGUGCUGGGAGUCUACACAACCACCCGAACAGAGAGCCUGAAUGUGACUGGCUACACCUCCGGGGUUAUUCUGACCCUUGGAUCGUUCCUAGGACUUCUGGGACUCCGCCUUGAGGAAAACCGCAAGCAGCUGCUGACGGCGGCGAUUGUAUUCCUCAGCUUUGGGAUCAUCACCUCUUUUCUUUGCCUGGUGAUUGAUGGCGUCUGUAUUGUCUUAAACAUGGACAUGCGUCCACUGAGAGCAGAGAGAUGCCAGUAUUACAGCAGUGGCACCAGCUACGUCUAUGAAAAUUUCUACACCUCAGUGUCAUGUUGGAAUCUAAAGGAGUCUUGUACCAUGACAGUACGAAGUGGAACCUGCUACUGCUGCGACCUGUACGACUGCGCCAACGGAGGCUACCUCAACAACUACUAUGAGUUUGUUGGAGUACGAAGCUGCGAGGAAGUUUUCACUCUUUAUAUCUUGAUCUGCACACUCACUGGCCUGAACCUCGUGGCCCUCUUCACAGGGAUACUGACCACAGCGGUGCUUGGCAGCAUCAAGGACUCGGUGGCAGAAUAACUCCAGGACAAUGUGAGCAGAAGCGUCAUUAGCUGCAUUUGUUUUUGACUUCAGCGGACUCGAUAGUCGACAUGAAAUGCCGGUGACCGCGGAGUAUAAAGAGAUUGCCAUCAAGUCAGAAACAUUUAAUUCGUUCUCAAUGGCUGAUCUUGCGGCAUGUGCAGCUUUUCUUUGAUUUUUUUUUUUUAUUUGAAAAUACGAAUGUUACCCUCAAUAUGUCAGACUGCUCUGCAAAAUCUAUACACACAGUUUACUCAUUAUAUUACACAUAAAAUCUAAAUAAUGUUUUAUGAAAGCACUGAGGGUAAUGGGUUGAGGUGUAUGGGGGAAAAGUCAGACAUGGAAUAACCAGUAGAACAGCACUUAAAGAUAACAUUUUUUAUUUAUUCCUGUUAUACUGAGAACCAUAUCAAGGUCACCAUAUUGCCAGGGGGGUGAAAAGAAAAGAAAUCUAAAGGAUAAGAAAUGUGACCUACAAGGGCAUUAGGCCUACUUCUUUUACAAUAGCAAAGUGCAAAUGAAAACUAUAGUGUGGUGUCUAUAUGUAAAAUAUGAGCUGCCAGAAGGAGGAGAUCAAAUGAAUUGCAUCAACUUUGAGAUAGAUAACCAUAGAAUAAAAACAAACCACACAUACCAUACCAUGUGUAUCAGUGAAGCUUUAAGCCAAUUAGGACAAGGUUCUGUUGUCACAGAGGUGGCUCCCACUUGGUGCAGCUGGAGGAGAGCAACUGCAGAGCCUGACUCUGAAAACUACAGCCGCCUUGCUCCCACAAGGUUUUAAUGUCAUGUGACAUUGUGACAGUCUGCAGCGCCGGUGAAAGUCGGACAACAUUUCUAACCAUUAUGCAUUGUCUUAAGUCCAACAUGCAUCAAGUUAAGUCAGCGCUGCGGAGCGAUACAUUAAGUUGAACGCACCAAACCUGCCCUGCAGUAACAUUGGCUUUCCUGCCUUUCAGCCAACUGACUCAUCCCCACCCACCUACUCAACUUUUUCCCAAUUCCCUAAUCAGCUCUUAGUAGGCUAUUUAUACUGGCCCAUUUCCACCCAUUCCCUGCCAGACUGUCUAUUGUGCUGUCCAUGCUGGUGCUUUCCAGCCUUUCUUGCCUGGUUUUUGACUCUCUGUCUGCUAGAUUUUGCCUUUUACCUGCCUGCCUGUUAUCAGCCACUGCUGGUUACUCGUUGCUUUUGCUUGCUUCUGCCUGUCGAGCCUUAAUAUAGGUGGACUAUUCUGAACCUGUUCUGAAUUGGCAGGGGACUAUUUUCUCUCACACUGUAGCGGAAAACGUAACAUUAGGUGGAACAUGAAGUAGUGUGGACGGGGUUGCAAGCACAUGCUGGUAGAGCAAGCUUACAUUACCAUUAAAAAUACCAUUUUUUGUUUCGUCUUACAGUUUUUCCAAAUAAGACGAGGCAACAACUCACACUUUCUCACCCAAAAACCAUCCUCCUUCUGCGCUCGUUCAGAUAUCCUGGAUGCUAGUUGCUCUCACAGUUUUGCAGCGUUUAGUCAAAUUCAACUUUGUGAGAGGUGAGAGGUGGGAUAAGAUCACAACAGAAUCUUCAGUUUUUAUGAGGAAAAAUCGCUUUAACUUGCAGGAUUCCACUAUUGUAUAGUGAGCCGAGACUAAAUGGCAGCCAAAAAAUCUAUGGCAUGUUGUAUCCAGCCAGAUGCACCGCAAAGAUGACCUGUAGCACAAAGUCUGCCAUGACAAAGAAAAUUGAUAGGAUCGGACCACAGGGUAAAGCCUUAACCCUCCUAACCUCAAGCCACUUUAUCAUUUUGCACUGUGUGCACAAGGAGAAAUGGAUAAGAAAGCAGUGGGGGUGUGUCAUGGAGUCCAGAAAAUAUUGUCCAUAUGGUGUCCACUGCAUUGCAGGCACAAUGUGGGACUCAUUGUGCGCAGACUUUAUCUGGUUCAGGGUAUGAUGUAAACUGAGUCUCCAGACCUGUCAGUUAGCAUUAUGCCACCAUGAUCAGCUGAUGAGAUUUACACUGAAAAGACAAAUGGAAGAGUGAAUUCAGGGGAGGCCUGGAGUUCAUUACAAACAUCUCAGAGAUGACUAUAACAAAAACUAUUAUUCUGUACAGCUUUGAAAGGGAAAUAGCUUUUGAUUUCAGGACUAUUACUUAUUAUUCUGGUUGCAUGACAUAGCAUGGUCAACACUUUAGGAACAGGGUGACAACACCCCCAUACAUAGGGCACGAGGGGUCACUGAGUGGUUUGAUGAAACCAAAUGAGGGAAUAUCUUUAGGAAGAAUGUUCAUCCCUCCAGUAGAGUUCGGACACUUGUAGAAUCAAUGCCAAGGAGUACUGGAGCACUGGAGCUGUUCUGGUGGCUCAACACCUUACUGCUUUAUGUUGGUUUUUCCUUUAAUUUGUCUGUCUUGUAUAUGGGUUCCAGUUAGUUCACUGUCAGCUUAAUUUCUCAGAUAGUAGAUGGAGAAAAGUGAUGAAACUUAAUAUAAUUCGAGUGAGUGCUAAGGAGUGUUGUAAUGUGUGUGUAAUAAUUUGAUUAAAUAUUUUCUGGUGGGAAAACAGAGAAGGUCAAUGAUAUGGUCUUUAGUUGUAUUUACAUGUAAUUUGCUAAAUGUGGAGCUCCUUCAACAGCAUACCAACAUUCAGGCACAUACUGCACGUUGGGGGAGAAAAUGAGUCUGCUUUAUUUGUGAGUGAGUGUGAGCGUUAAGAGCCUUGCAUGCUGUGGUCAGGUGGCUGGAAAAAAGACACUGCCAAGUGAAAACCGCUAAACUGGUAAACACAUAUUAAGUUCACAUCUGUCCAGAUGCUGUUGUGUUGUAACACCGCUCUGGUGUGCCAAGGCUGUCGUUUGAAUUAUAUUUCCUGUCUCGGUCCCGACAUAUUUUGAUGGUCAUUUGUAAUAUUCUGAAGCCUGUAUGGACUUUAAAUAAAUCAAUAAUUAUGUUAAUUUUUUCAAAAUAUAUCUUUACAUCAAAUUUUUUAGAGCAAGACAAACUUAAAACAACUUGAGAUCAGCUCAUGUACCUGUGUGAAGUACCUGUGGUGCUUGAGGUCAUUCUUCCCUCUUCUACUGCUGCAGCCAGAGCUCUGUCUCCCUCUCCCAUAAGCACCAGAGUAAUGGUGAAAGCGUCAAAGAUAGGAUGUGAAGUUGAGAAAGUGGGACAUGAAAUCUGAGACACACUGAUAGCUGUAUGAGCAGGGUUAACCCAGACUGUCUCCAUAUGCCAAGCCCCCAUCCAUCGGCGGGGUUUAUCAGAAGCAUUCCU